AUGGGUAGUCACAAAGAAACCCCCCGAGUUCGAGCCUGUCUCUUCGACAUGGACGGUCUCUUGAUCGACUCGGAGGAUAGAUACACCCAGAUCACGAAUGAGGUGCUCCGGAAAUAUGGCAAGCCCGACCUGCCCUGGUCAAUCAAGGCCCAACUUCAGGGGAGACCGGGUCCUGAAGCAAGCAAGAUCUUUCAUGAGUGGGCUCAACUACCUAUCACGCCGGAGCAGACUCUGCAGAUGCAGGCAAGCUUGCAGGAAAAAUACUUUGCUCUAUGCCAACCGCUGCCGGGUGUGCCAGCGCUGCUGUCCAAUCUGGUGUCCACGCAGUCCACCGAUCAGCCGGUCUACAUUGCUCUGGCUACCUCUUCUAACAGCCGAAACUUCAAGCUGAAGUCAGACCAUCUGUCCGAGCUGUUCUCUGCAUUUCCUCAAAAGCAUCGUGUGCUAGGGGAUGAUCCGCGCAUCGGGAAAGGCCGAGGCAAACCACUCCCAGACAUCUACCUUCUUGCUCUGGAGACCAUCAACGCAGAGCUACGUAGCAAGGGCGAAACUGAGAUCACCCCCGCAGAGUGUCUGGUCUUCGAGGACGCCGUUCCCGGUGUCGAAGCGGGGCGCCGUGCCGGAAUGCAAGUAAUCUGGUGUCCGCACCCUGGUCUCCUGGAAGCAUGCCGAGGCCGUGAAGAAGAGGUACUCGCGGGUCGCACUGGACAGCACAAGGAGCAAGACGGCGACUCACCGGCUGAACUCAUCCAGAGUGCUGGAUCGCCGGGAGAGGUUGGUGACGGAUGGGCUGAGCUACUCGGCACCCUGGAAAAUUUCCCCUACGAGCAAUAUGGCAUUCGAAUUCCAUGA